AUGCCGCCUGCUAGUCGGCCUGACAUGUCUCCAUCCGCCAUCACACCGGACGCCUCGCCCGGCGACUCCGAAAAAGUAGUCCUCGUCCGCAUCGCCCACGUCUACUACACCCACGCCAACUUCGAGCGCGAGCACCAAUUCCUGACCGACUUCGGCCUCACAGAGGUUUCGCGCCUCAACGUGUGGGAACCCAACGAGACCAUCUACUACCGCGGAUACGGAUCCGAACCUUUCUUGUAUUGCUCGACAAAGGGCGAGGAAGAUGCCUUUGGGGGCACGGCGUUCGUGGUGGAAAGCAGGAAGGAUUUGGAGUUGGCGACUAGGGCCAUUCCGACCGCGAGUGAAAUCUGGGAAUUGAAGGAUGCGCCGGGCGGGGGGGAGUGUGUGACGGUGAAGGAUCCGGUGGAUGGGUUUAUGGUGCAUCUGGUUUAUGGGCAGGUGCAGAGGGAGAUGAAGGAGCAGCAUGAACAGAAGGAGUUCAACUUCCCCACAGAGAAGCAUCGCUCGGCGAACAAAUUCCAACGGAUGCAAAAAGGCCCGUCCCAGGUCUACAAACUCGGCCACUUUGGCAUGGCCGUCACCAAUUUCGCCAAAUCCUUCAACUUCUGGACCGGCCACUUCAACCUCAAACCCACCGACCUGCUGCACAACGCAGAAGGCCGCGACAUCACCACAUUCAUGCACCUGGACCGCGGCCAAGAGUUCGUCGACCACCACUCCUUCUUUUUCUUCGAGGGGCCCAAACCGCACGUGCACCAUUCUUCAUUCGAGGUGUUUGAUUUCGACACCCAGGUGCUCGGGCACGAUUGGUUGAUCAAGAAGGGCUACGAGAAUUGUUGGGGCGUGGGGAGACAUGUAUUGGGGAGUCAGAUUUUUGAUUAUUGGUUCGACACCUCGAAGUUCAUCCUGGAACAUUACGUCGAUGGCGAUCAGGUCAACGGCGAGACGCCUAUCACGAGGGAUUUGGCUUCGCCGGAUAGCUUAUAUAUUUGGGGUCCUGAUGUACCCCCCAGAUUCAUGGACUGA